UUGACCGUGUUGCCCAUUCAGUUGCCCUCAUCUCUUACCGGAAGACAUGGCGCAGGCCGGGCCCUCACAGACGCCAUCAGCAGAGCGCGCAGUGCCGCCUCUUCUACUACCAGAGGCCCUUGGAUUCUCUCCACAGCUACUUCUCGAUGAUAUUAUUAACAUCGCAACCAGUGCUAUCCUUGACGGCGUCAGUGGCAUGGAAAGUUACCUACAGAAAUGGGCUGAGGAACGAGCUGACCGACUUGGGAGCGAAUGGGACAACACACAGGAGAUGGAGCAGGGACUUGUCGCGUUCCAGACCCUCCUGGAAUAUCAUACCGACCUUGCCUUCGACUUUUUCGAGGCAUGGUCGCUCCGAAAUAUCUUCGCUGUGCCUCCAGAUCUUCCUCUUGUCCUGCCACAUCAGGAGGGAUUGGAUCUUACUCUUCGUCCAGAAAGGGAGCAGGAGCUGAUGGAUGAGAAUGCUGAACUACGGCGUCGGCUGAAUGAGCAAAAGCAACUGAAACGAAUGCAGAUCAAAGCGCUUCACGCAAUAACGAACCGACAACGGCGGUCAGUGAAACGUCUGGAACGGCUUUCAUUCCUUGACACGCCUGCGUUGAAUGUGUCUGCUGGACUACCGCGUAAACUGAUGGCAAUGUAUUCUGCGGUGUCGGAUCUACCACCAAUGGAUCCGGAGACCAUUGCGGCGCUUGCCCAGUUCCAAGAGACAGAUUCUGGCAAGCGACAGUGGGAGACGAGCAAGUCGGGGUAUUUGAACUGGGCUGUUGCGCAGCUGCUGUCUCGAUCUAAAACAAUGCGGGAAGGAGGUGGAGAAGUAGAAAGAAUGACGGAACAGGCGGCUGAGAUUGGUCCAGCGGAGCAGCUGAGGCAAGCAUUCGAGAUCACGCAUGGCGUGAGGGAAGACUUGGAGAACGCGAUGAGAAUGGAUACCCAGAUCUAAUGGUUGCAACUAGCAGCCAUCAUCCAAUUAUUUAUCUGAUUCUAUGACCCGAUAUCCUUGUAUUUUGGAUGAUUGUCACCACAUACUACAUCAUUUCAUAGAGAAUGAAUACAUGUACAUACUUGCGAAUAUUUGCCUCCAAACAGUAG